UCUCCUUGGAAAAUGUCCACCACGUGUGCUAGAUGGAUGCCACAGUAGUAGGCAUCCACCCCUCCACUAUGCAAUGACUCCUCUUGGUUCAUUCUACUCAUUCAAACACAGACUGCUGCACUGAAGUGAAGUGAAGGUCUCACCAGUGUCCAGUAGUGUCUCACCAGUGUCCAGUAGUGUUUCACCAGUGUCCAGAACAUUCCCUCUUCUUCUCUUUUAUAAUUCGUACUUUAUGUAUAAAAACAUGAGCUCAAGCAGAUUAAGUGGAGUCAACGACAAGGUGACUGCUAUACUUUAUAGUUUUUAAUUAUAAAAUAUUAACACCAUGGGACUUAGCAAACAGAGUGUUUGGUCAGAAUGUCUUAUAAGUUUCUAUAAUACACAGAACAUUUCCCCUUCAGAAAAUAUUUUUGUUGAAAUAUCAAUUUGUUUCCUUUAGGAAACAGUUUGGCCUGCUAUCAUUCAGAUGAUACAUUUCUGAACAAAGAUCUUCUGAGAUUUUCGAGACCUUGUCCAAAAGAGGGUAACACCUCAAUAAAAUGUUAUUGAAACUUCAUGUAAAACCAGAAAUCCAUAUGUUACUCUUAACAAUAAGUUUGGUGUGUUUGGAAGUUCCCCUUGCACCUCAGCUGCAUAGCUGAAGUUUCAUACCCUAUUUAUAGUGCUGGCUCCUUGUUGCAAUGUCAAACGUAACUCGAUUCCUUCUGUUAAGUCAGAGCAUGUUGCACGUCAGCCGUUGGCUGCACAUCCCGACGGCUCUCACUUCGCCCCACGCAGCCUAAUGGAACCUGUGGCAGGAGAAUUGGAGAGACCCGGCGAGGACGGCUCCAGCCUGCUGACUCUGCCGGGGUCUUGCCCCUGGGAAGAUGAAGAUGAGCCCCUCAGUUUGGGGGGCAUCAAACCCAAAUCCUCCCCCAUCCCAAGACGCCGAAGCUCGGAGUCAUUCUGCUCCGAUGACGAUUCCCAGCCUCCUCUUUCCAGCAGCCGGAGGGUGUCCUUCGCAGACGCUUUCGGCCUGAGUCUGGUCUCUGUCAAGCAAUUUGAUUCUUGGGCCGUGUUUGACCCCUCAGGCCCUCUGGAGAGAGACCUAAACAAGGAGAAGGAUCACUUUCUGUCACUGCUCUUUACUCUUCCACAGACCCGGGAGGAGCUGCUUUGGAGGGUCCGUGAGCAGAAGCUAGAACUCGAGAGUCUGGAGCUUCUUCCUGGUACAACCACAUUAAAAGGGAGAAUUCGUGUGCUGAACCUGUGUUUUGAUAAGUUGGUUUUUAUCCACAUGUCUUUGGACUGCUGGAACAGCCAUUUUGAUCUGCUAGCGGAGUAUGUGCCUGGCUUAAGCGAUGGGGAUACUGACUCUUUCUCCUUCAAGUUAACGUUGGUACCCCCUUUUGAGAGGCAAGGAGCCAGGGUGGACUUCUGUCUUCGAUAUGACACACCUUUUGGAAGUUUCUGGGCUAACAAUAACGGACAGAACUAUGUUUUGUUCUGCUGUGAAAAGGCAAAAGAGCAAGAUGAGAAUGAGGGUAAACACAAAAGAAAAAGCUGUCUGAAACCAACCAGCCUUGGCAGUUCCUCUGAGACUAGUAGUAGCUCAAGUACAGAGGACAUUCCAGAAAUAAUCCUAAAUUGUGAGGUGGCUGUUGUUACUGAACCUGUCCAGAAAGAAAAAAUGCAAGAGGAGUGUCUCAAACUCCAGGAGGAAAACAGUAGAAACCACAAUAAGAGAAACAAGAGAAGAGCUGAACGACUAGCAAAAGUGCACAGUACUUUUACUCAAAGAGAAGAAAAAGACCUCAACAGACUGAGAUAAACACAGGUGAAGCGACUGCAAUGGCAAAUGUUAAUGAAUGGACCCCAACAAAAGGGGAUUUGUCUUCAAACUUUUCAACACCAGAAGCAAAUGAAGGGAGAGAGAUGAAGAACACACUCACAUCUUUAUCUGCUGAGCCUAGGAAGCUUGAGGGGCAGGAAAACACCUCAAGCUCUGUGGACACUGACAGCAAGCAAGUUCCUGUUGUCCCAAUUCAAAUGCUGGACACAGUGAAUAUUCCAGUACAACACCCUGAACUAACUACUAAAAGAUCUCAGGCUAGGCUAUAUUCCACAGAUUCUGUAAACCAUCAUAAAGCCAUGGAAGGCUUCUGUCCUCACAAGCCCUGGGGAGCAGCCAAGACAAAGAAACACUUACUAGCCAAACUGUGUCAGUCACACAGAAUCUUUUCAGUUCUGACAUAUCUAAUACUAAGUGUGUGGAAAAAGCAUGGGAAUGUUUUGAAAAAGGUACUGUGGAAAGAAUAGGGAAAAGAGAAGACAGAAGGAUGAUGGGUAAAGACACAAACAUAAGCAGAGGCAAAGCAAGCAAUGAGGAUGAUGUCGUCUUAGAAAAUAACCCAGGAAUUGAGCCAUUUGGUCAGACCUUCACAUUUGAGACAGUAGUUGCUCCAUUUUACCAUCAGGUUUUUGAAAAAAUUGAAACUGAGAGAAGAGACCUUAUGAAUAGAAGCAUCCAAGCUAAAGGGCCAGCUGGGAAUUUGGAGGAUGGGAGUCUGAGAGUAGUCACGUACCAAAGUUAUCCAAGGGCGCCACAUGGGGAAGCAAACCCAAAUGUAUGUAUGUUUGAAAAACAUGUGGUUAGUGAUGUUUAUCAUGGGGCCUGCAAAGAACCAUUUCCACAAGAUUUGCUCAACACAAAAAACACUACUAAGAAACCCUUAUUUGAUGCACGUUUCACAAACAAACUCACUGCACAGAGGGAAGCUUCUCAUAACAUCCCUUUAACUGACAUGACAGAGGACCCAUGUGAUGCUAAUAUUUCAGAAUUAAAAAUACUGCAAAAGGUUAUACCCACAAAGAAAGGUCAUUUAAAAAACAGACUGCCUUUUCAGCUAGAAUGUUCACCAAAUAGCACACUUUCCUGGGAAGAAGAUACAUUUCUUCAGACAAAACAAACACCAGAUACAACUAUUUUACAAAAUAAACAUUUGCUGGACAAUACUUCAGAAGACACAGAAUAUUCACUAGACAAUAUGUCUGUUCAGAGUGAAUAUUCAUCACAAAACUCACAGCAGGAUCCCAAUUCUUUUGACUGUGUGGCUUUAACUGCACAGCAUGACUUAGAUAGUACAACUUCCAAGACAUCACUUUCUACAGUUUCUGAAAACCUGCAAACAGUAGAUGGAUCAAACACCCAGAUAUCAUUUGAAACACGGUUUAGCACCAAUGUUGCUAAAAUAGAGAAUAUGGAAGCCAUUGCACUUACCCAAACCCAAAGUGCAGAGGGCACUCAGAUCCUUGAGGGACCUAUGUUCAAUAAAAACAUCCUGCCUCUGCAACACAGCAGCAAACUCCUGGAGGAAAGCCACAUACCCAUUCCUCACUCUGCUUUGCUGCCUGCUCACACUUCAUCACACAUGAUGCCUGGCUUUAGCCAAUGUGAUGCUACAACACUAUUCCAGAAUCUGAUUUCAGAGGCCACAAUUCAAACCCAAAAUCCAAGGAAUACGUCCUUGAAGACUAGUCAAAAAUCAGAUGGAACUAUACAUGUCCAGAACCAGAUUACAGAGGGUACAAAUCUGACAGAGCAAUCAGACAAGAUCCAGUGCUAUACUAAUGAUGAUUUACGUCAUGUCUGCAGGGAUCUGGAAUCAAACAAUGGCAGAUAUGAUGAAAAUGAUGGUUGUGAAAGAAAGAAAACAGAUACAAUUUUCCAUUCUGCCACUGAAAAUAGUCAGGCAGAAAAGUUGCAUAUAAACCCAGAAAAGACAACUGCACAUGUGACCUUACUAAACCCACAGCAUAUCAGCCAAAUAUAUGAAAAUAAGGAACAUAGUGUCUUAGUCUCUGACUUCUCUUAUAGGAUGAUGGAUUUCAAUAUACCUUCAGGUAAAGCUGAAGCAACAUUAAUGGUUAGUAACAACGACAAUGAAGAAGGCAGCUCAGCACAAAAAGUGACUGAUAUCUAUAAAGACAAUGAACAAGAAGAAAAUCUGGACAAGAGCAAUGAGCAUAAAUUAACAAACAUGAAAGAUCACCGCUCAAUAAAACUUUCAGAGGAGACACAGAAAGAAACCGUAAUAG